UUAUGCCCCAUUCAUUUAUUGAAUGAAUAUUGAAUGAAUAAAUAUGUCCCGGACAUUUAUUUAAUGAAUAAUGAAUGAAUGAAUAAAAUUUUGAACUGAAUGAAUUGAAUAAGGGAUGGCUGAAUGUAAUAAAUGAAUUGUGAAUAAAUUUGGCUCUCAUUCACUUCACGUUGAAGUGAAUGAGCCUGUGAUGUCUCAUUCAUUCUUUAUGAUUGUGGUCGAAAUUCUCAUGCUUUAUGUGCAUCAUCAUUGCGUGCCGGGAACUUCGGUCGGAGCAUGGUGGGAGCCAGUUCAAUAUUCCAACACAUUUUACAUUAAAACCCGUGUUCCCAAAUUUAAAAAAAAAUCUUUCGAAAACUUUAUACGGAGGGAUUUAAUUUUACAAGUUAACAAUUGCAAACUAGAGUAGUUAUGACAUCACAAGUUAACCCUGGCGAUGGCGAAGCUGUCCACACGGAUCAAGAAAUCGUCGACCUUGAGCAUGACUCUGAGGGAGGUUCCAAGGAACCUAAACUCGUAAAACAACCAGGUUUUGAAAAGUUGUCGAAGUUCCGUUUCUUCUUUGAGAAGCAGUUCAGCUACCUUGGACAUUCAAUUGAGUCCCAGAAGUUCUUUUCAACUUGUAAAAAGUGCACCGAAACUGGUAAAAAAAGCCGUGUUUACUCAUUUGGUGCGAGCAACUUUAACGUAAACGGAAAUCGUCAUUAUAGAAACUCACACAAAGAUGUGUCUUUGGAAAUUGAAAUCCCACGAGAAAAUCAUAAGGUGAACGAGUUUUUUCACUCAAAUCAAAACAAAUAUAAUAAAAACGAACCAAUACAAUCAAAAUUCAACUCGAAUCUGCAAGAUUUGGUCUCUGUUGAUGGACUCCCUUUCAGUUUUGUUAAUUGGCUAGGAUUCAGGAACUUAGUAUCUGACCUUAAUCCACGAGUUAUAGUUCCUGACCGAGUGACCUUGGCAAGAAAAUUAGCAAACACGGUCAACAAGAUUCUAUGUAAUUUUGACUUACUCAAAUACACAUAAAACUAUAAUAAAACCUUUAUAUAUGCAAUUUUCCCGCUUGUGCGAAUUCCAGGUAAAACCUAAAAUUCACUCAACCACGUUCAGGAUUACAAUGUUCACAUAUCAUCAGACAUAUGGACAAGUAGACAGGGUGACGGAAUUAUGGGACUUAAAUACCAUUAUAGUAAAAAAGAUACGCAGAACCGAACAUGGAAAUUGGUGUCAAACGUCCUCUCAGCCGUGCAAUUUAAUGAUCGCCACACCGGAGAAAAUAUAAAGCAAAAAUUCCAGCAAUCUAUGGAUUCAUUAGGAAUUAGCACGACCAAGGUGAAUAGUAAGAAUAAACAUUCAAUUUUGUUAAUGAUAAAUAAAUAAUGCAAUACUUUUAAACUCA